UUUAUGGGCGGAUGGACGGGGCCGGAGCCGCGCGGGCGAAGGGAAGGGCCGGAGGAGCGGCUCCGGGCGGCCGAGAGGGGCGGCGGCAGCGGGAUUCCCGCGCCGCGGAGCCCGGCCUGCGCGCCCCGUACACCUUCCUGCCUCCUGCCCCCGCCGCCCCCGGCCGCCGCCAUGACGCCCGAUCUGCUCAACUUCAAGAAGGGAUGGAUGUCGAUCUUGGACGAGCCUGGAGAGUGGAAGAAGCAUUGGUUUGUGCUGACUGAUUCCAGCCUCAAGUACUACAGGGACUCCACCGCCGAGGAGGCAGAUGAGCUGGAUGGCGAGAUUGACCUGCGUUCCUGCACUGACGUCACCGAGUAUGCAGUACAGCGCAACUACGGCUUCCAGAUUCACACCAAGGAUUCUGUCUAUACCUUGUCGGCCAUGACCUCGGGCAUCCGGAGGAACUGGAUCGAGGCUCUGAGGAAGACUGUGCGUCCCAUCUCAGCCCCAGAUGUCACCAAGCUCUCGGACUGCAAUAAGGAGAACACACUGCACAGCUACAGCGCCCAGAAGGGCUCCCUGAAGGUGGGGGAGCAGCGUGCGGGCUCCGAGGUCAUCAGUCGGGGCAGCCCUCGGAAGGCAGAUGGACAGCGGCCAUCCCUGGACUACGUGGAGCUCUCCCCACUGUCUCAGGGCUCCGCACAGCGGGCCCGCACCCCAGCUCGCACUCUUGACCGCCUAGCCAAGGAGGAGGAGUUGGAACGGGACCUGGCCCAUCGCUCUGAGGAGCGACGCAAAUGGUUUGAGGCCGUGGACAGCAGAGCCACAGAGACACCUGCUGGCGAGGGGCCACGCCGGGGCCUGGGUGCCCCCCUGACCGAGGACCAGCAGAGUCGGCUCAGCGAGGAGAUCGAGAAGAAGUGGCAGGAGCUGGAGAAACUGCCUCUGCGGGAGAACAAGCGGGUGCCUCUCACCGCUCUGCUCAACCAAAGCCGCGGGGAGCGCCGGGGGCCCCCUAGUGACAGCCAUGAGGCACUGGAGAAGGAGGUCCUGUCUCUUCGUGCCCAGCUGGAGGCAUGGCGUCUUCAGGGGGAGGCUCCUCAGGGUGCACCCAGGUCCCAGGAGGAUGGUCACAUCCCCCCAGGCUACAUCUCACAGGAGGCCUGGGAGCGCAGCCUGGCCGAGAUGGAGUCCUCCCACCAGCAGGUGAUGGAAGAGCUGCAGCGGCACCACGAGCGGGAGCUGCAGAGGCUGCAGCAGGAGAAGGAGUGGCUCCUGGCUGAGGAGACAGCCGCCACGGCCUCAGCCAUCGAAGCCAUGAAGAAGGCCUACCAGGAGGAGCUGAGCCGGGAGCUGAACAAGACACGGAGCCUCCAGCAGGGCCCAGACGGCCUCCGGAAGCAGCACCAGUCAGACAUGGAGGCGCUGAAGCGGGAGCUGCAGGUGCUGUCGGAGCAGUACUCUCAGAAGUGCCUGGAGAUCGGCACCCUGACGCAGCAGGCCGAGGAGCGCGAGCACACGCUGCGCUGCUGCCAGCAGGAGGGCCAGGAGCUGCUGCGCCACAACCAGGAGCUGCAUGCCCGCCUGUCUGAGGAGAUUGACCGGCUGCGCGGCUUCAUUGCCUCACAGGGCACUGGCAGCGGCUGUGGGCGCAAUGAGCGCAGCUCCUGUGAGCUGGAGGUGCUGCUGCGAGUGAAGGAGAACGAACUUCAGUACCUGAAGAAGGAGGUGCAGUGCCUCCGGGAUGAGCUCCAGAUGAUGCAGAAGGACAAGCGCUUCACCUCAGGAAAGUACCAGGACGUGUACGUGGAGCUGAACCACAUCAAGACGCGGUCGGAGCGGGAGAUCGAGCAGCUAAAGGAGCACCUGCGCCUCGCCAUGGCCGCCCUGCAGGAGAAGGAGGCGCCGCGCAACAGCGUGGCCGAGUAGAGGUCCUGUGGUUCGGCCCAGCUGCAGACUCCCAGCCCAAGGGGACCAGUUGCCCUCCUUCCCUGCUGGAUGGAAGUCAGAAGCCAAGCUUUCUCCCCACCCUCUGUGGGCUACACGUGCACUCACAACUAUCACACACAGGCACGCACACACACUGCACAGGCAUACACACCGCACAGGUACACUUACACUGCACAGGGACACACACACACCUCACAGGCACACACACCGCACAGGCACA